AUGGAGAAACUCGAGGUCGACGGCACCGCGCCCACCGAAGCGAAGAAAGAGAAGCCAAAGAAGGAACCCAAGCCGCCAAAAGAGAAGAAGGUAAAACCGCAGCAAGCUCCCGCCGCGAAGAAGAAGGCGGACGGACCGGAACUCAUUGGCAUCACUGAGCCAAAGUCUGGCGAUCUCUCCGAAUGGUACCAGCAAGUCAUCCUCAAAGGCGAUCUGCUCGAGUUCACCGACGUCCCCGGCUGCUACAUUUACCUGCCCGCAUCGUACUCAAUAUGGGAGAUGAUCACCGCGUACUUCAACGUACGGAUCAAGAAGAUGGGAGUCAAGAACACAUACUUUCCGCUAUUCAUCACCGAGGCGAACUUGACACGUGAAGAGGAGCAUUUGGAGGGCUUCGCGGCGGAGGUCGCAUGGGUGACACAUGGAGGAAAGACAAAGCUGGAGAAGCCAUUGGCCGUUCGCCCUACGAGUGAGACGGCCAUGUACAGCUAUUACUCCAAGAAGAUCCGAUCACACCGAGAUUUGCCGCUCAAGCUGAACCAGUGGUGUAAUGUGGUGCGGUGGGAGUUCAAGCAUGCGGUGCCAUUCCUGCGGUCGCGUGAGUUUUUGUGGCAGGAGGGUCAUACCGCACACAUGACGGAAGAGGAGGCGGGUAAGGAGGUCAUGGAGAUCUUGGACCACUAUGCGUCGAUCUACGAGGAUCUCAUGGCCGUGCCGGUGGUCAAGGGCCAAAAGACGAAGAACGAGCAAUUCCCCGGAGCACACUACACGAAGACGAUUGAGGGUUUCAUCCCGUCAGUUGGACGCGGCAUUCAAGCUGCCACAUCACACUGUCUCGGAACACAUUUCGCCAAGAUGUUCGACAUCACUGUUGAGGAUCCACACCAAAUUGUCAAGGACGGCGAGGCUCGCAAGAAGCUUCAUGUCUGGCAGAACAGCUGGGGCUUCACCACUCGCUCGAUUGGUGUGAUGAUCCUCAUCCACGGUGACGACAAGGGCUUGGUCAUGCCUCCGCGAGUGGCAGAAGUCCAAGUCGUGAUUGUCCCAGUAGGCGUGACAGCAAAGACAAGCGACGAGGACCGAGAAAAGCUCUACAGCAAGGUCAACGAGCUGAAGAGUACUCUGCUAGAUGCGGACGUCCGUGUUGAGACCGAUCUACGAGAGGGCUACUCUCCAGGCUACAAGUUCAACGACUGGGAGCUGAAGGGCGUGCCGCUCCGUAUCGAGUUUGGACCGAAGGACGCUGAGAAGGGUCAAGUCACCACUUCUCGCCGCGACAAGGAAGGCAAGGACACCAUCCCGAUUGAGGAGGUCGGCACGAAAGUUCCGGAACUGCUCGAGAUAAUUCAAAAUGACAUGUUCAAGAAGGCGGAUGAGGAGUACGCUGCACACCGCAAGAUCGUGCGCGAGUGGAAGGACUUUGUGCCUACGCUGAACGGCAAGAACGUGCUUCUCGUGUCGCACUGCUUGGGCGGAGAGUGUGAGGAUGAGAUCAAGAAGGACUCGGCAGGGAACAUCGAGGGCCAGGUCGUUGAUGCGCGUGCGCCGUCUAUGGGUGCGAAGUCGUUGUGUAUUCCAGAGGUGCAGCCAGAUGGUCUGGAGGAGAAGUGUAUCAACCCGAAGUGUGGCAAGAAAGCGGAGAAGUGGGUGAUGUUUGGUCGGAGUUACUAG